AUGGAAAAUAUGGUUCCUUCUCCUAUCGAACGCCCAGCUCCAUCGCGCGUUCGCUUCCCCACUCAGGAGGAAAUCUUGACAGCCCCAGACUCUAAAGAUUCCUCCCCUGAAGGCUAUUCUGAAGGCUAUUCUGAAGACCUUUCUGAAACCUCUGAUUACUGA